AGAACUCAUUUAAACCAGAUGAAAAUGUGAUUUCAUGUUCCCAACGGCAAAUUGUACCACUCACCAGUUUUUCUGCCACAUAUCCAGAGAGCAACAGAUCUGUCGGUUGGGAUGGUUGCUGCUAUUUCUGUGGUUGACCACAAUAUUAUGGAUGACAAAGGACCUCUGGUGUUGUGGUCCACCCAUCGAGACACAUUCUGAAGAAUGUAUCUUACCUAAAGAGGAAACAAAAACAGAGACGAAGUUUGUGACCGUGUGCUAAUAUUCAUUGCCUAAUUUUUGAUCAAAAUUUUCAGUUUUUAUGAUUUAUUUGCUGUACAGUUGUUAUCCAAAUGUGAAGAGCU